CUUGCUGUUGGUGUUUACGGCAGGCAGUUCUGCUGCUAAUGCUGGGCGAUGUUGUGUCAAAUCUCUGUGGAAUUAAAAUAAAACAGCCUCUCCCGCGGAAACAGGUGAUUUAGCUCAUUAAACCCCAUUCAUGAGUGCGUCGGGCUCCGUUUAGCAGUCAUGGAUGACAUGGCCUCCGUGGGGAAAAUUAGUGCCUCCUCCGAUUCGGUUUCCACCCUGAACAGCGAGGACUUUGUCCUGGUGUCCCGCCUCGGGGACGACACCCCCUCCACUAAUAACGGCAGUGACGAUGAAAAGACAGGCCUGAAGGUGAUUUCUGAGGAAGGGGUCAGCUUUAAGAUUGUGGGGAACGGCAGUGAACAGCAGUUGCAGAGGGAGCUGGAGGAUGUGCUUAUGGACCCGUCGGUGGCCGAGGUGAAUCCUGAUCCGCACCAUGUCUGCGGCGGAGAGAAGAGUUACCCCACCACUGCUGCUCCACCACAGCCCGGCUCAGCACCACCCAAACUGGAGAUGGUGCUGCCGGUUCAGGGAGCGCAGGAGGAUGAGGAGUGUGUGUCGAGCCCGGGAACCCCUGUUCCAGAUGAGGACAGCGUGGUGUUCAGUAAGCUGACGUAUCUGGGCUGUGCGUCGGUGAACGCCCCCCGCAGUGAGGUGGAGGCUCUCCGUAUGAUGAGCAUCCUGCGCAGCCAGUGCCAAAUGCCUCUCGAUGUCACGCUCUCCGUACCUGGAGUCUCCGAGGGAACCGUCAGACUGCUGGACCCUCAGAGCAGCACAGAAAUAUCAAACUAUCCCAUCUAUAAAAUCCUGUUUUGUGUUCGUGGUCAUGAUGGGACACCAGAGAGUGACUGUUUUGCCUUCACCGAGAGCCACUACAAUGCUGAGAUCUUCCGCAUCCACGUCUUCCGCUGCGAGAUCCAAGAAGCGGUCAGCAGAAUUCUUUACAGCUUCGCCACAGCCUUCAGACGCUCAGCCAAUAAGGCGCCGCUCCUGACGCAGCCGCCACUCACGCCGGACAGUGAUGUCUUCACCUUCACCGUCAGCCUGGAGAUCAAAGAGGAUGAUGGGAAGGGAACCUUCAGUGUCGUGUCGAAGGAUAAGGACAGGCAGAGCUUCAAGCUUCGUCCAGGGAUGGACAAGAAGAUAGUUAUCUACGUCCAGCAGGCGUCCAACAAGGAGCUGGCCAUUGAGAGGUGUUUUGGUCUGCUGUUAAGUCCAGGGAAGAACGUGAGGAACAGUGAUAUGCACCUGCUCGACCUGGAGUCAAUGGGAAAGAGUUCAGAUGGUAAAUCUUACAUCAUCACAGGGAGCUGGAAUCCCAACACGCCUCAGUUUCAGGCUGUUAAUGAGGAAACACCCAAAGAUAAGUUUAUGUACAUGACGACGGCGGUGGAUCUGGUCAUAACGGAGGUGGAGGAGCCGGUACGGUUCCUGUUGGAAACUCGUGUUCGAGUGUGUUCUCCCACCGACCGGCUCUUCUGGCCGUUCAGCAAACGCAGCUACACUGAGACCUUCUACUUAAAACUGAGACAGUUGGAGAGGAAGAGUAACACGGAUACACUGUACGAGGUGGCGAGUCUGGAGAGUGAGACGGAGAGGGAGAGGAAGAAAACCACCGCCAGCCCCGGCAUCCUGUCCUCCACAUCACACAGCUCUAUGGUGCCCUCACCUCCUGAAGAUGAUGAGGAGGAAGAUAAUGACGAGCCGUUGCUGAGCGGUUCAGGAGACGUUUCUAAAGAGUGCGCAGAGAAGAUUCUGGAGACGUGGGGAGACUUGCUGUCCAAAUGGCACAUGAACCUGGCGGUUCGGCCCAAGCAGCUGCCGGCGCUCGUUCGCAGCGGCGUCCCAGAAGCCCUCAGAGGUGAGGUGUGGCAGCUUCUGGCCGGCUGCCACAACAACGAUCAUCAGGUGGAGGAGUACCGCACCCUCAUUACAAAGGAGUCUCCUCAGGACAGCGCCAUCACUCGAGACAUUAACCGCACAUUUCCAGCACAUGACUAUUUUAAGGACACGGGAGGAGACGGUCAGGACUCACUGUAUAAAAUCUGUAAGGCGUACUCUGUUUAUGAUGAAGAGAUCGGAUACUGUCAGGGACAGUCCUUCCUGGCUGCUGUUCUGCUGCUACAUAUGCCGGAGGAGCAGGCGUUCAGCGUUCUGGUGAAAAUCAUGUUCGACUAUGGUCUCAGGGAGCUCUUCAAACAGAACUUUGAAGAUUUGCACUGCAAGUUCUUUCAACUGGAGAGACUCAUGCAGGAAUACAUUCCAGACCUGUACUCUCACUUCUUAAGCAUAGGGUUAGAAGCGCACAUGUACGCCUCCCAGUGGUUCCUCACGCUCUUCACAGCCAAGUUUCCUCUCUACAUGGUUUUUCACAUCAUCGACCUGCUGCUGUGUGAGGGCAUCAGUGUCAUCUUUAAUGUGGCUCUGGCGUUACUGAAGACUUCUAAGGAUGACCUGCUGCAGUCGGAUUUUGAGGGGGCUCUGAAGUUCUUCCGUGUGCCCGUGCCCAAACGGUACCGCUCUGAAGAGAACGCCAAGAAGCUCAUGGAGCUCGCCUGUAGCAUGAAGAUCAGCCAGAAGAAGCUGAAGAAGUAUGAGAAAGAGUACCAUACGAUGCGAGAGCAACAGGAACAGCAGGAGGCCCCCAUUGAGAGAUAUGAGAGAGAAAACAGGCGUCUGCAGGAGGCCAACAUGCGUCUGGAGCAGGAGAACGAUGAUCUGGCUCAUGAGCUGGUCAGCAGUAAGAUCUCUCUGAGGAAAGAUCUGGACAAUGCAGAGGAAAAAUCAGAUGCUUUAAACAAAGAGCUCCUGAUCACUAAACAGAAGCUGGUCGAUUCUGAGGAUGAGAAGAGGCGGCUGGAAGAGGAAUCUGCUCAGCUGAAGGAGAUGUGUCGGCGAGAGCUGGACAAAUCAGAGUCUGAGAUAAAAAAGAACGGCUCCAUCAUCGGAGAAUACAAACAGAUUUGCUCUCAGCUGAGCGAACGGCUUGAGAAGCAGCAGACGGCCAACAAAGGAGAGCUGGAGAAGAUCAGGCUGAAGGUGGAGGGGUGUGAGAAGUGCAGCGGUCUCUUCAGUAAGGAGGGGCGUCUGAAGGCGGUGAGCGUUCAGAAGGAGGGCAGUGAGGUGGAGGAGGCGGAUGAGGAGAAGGAGGCUCUGCAGGCUCAGCUCAGAGAGAUGGAGCUGGAGCUCGCCCAGACCAAACUACAGCUGGUGGAGGCAGAGUGCAAAAUACAGGAUCUGGAGCAUCACCUGGGUUUGGCGCUGAAUGAGGUUCAGGCGGCCAAGAAGACCUGGUUCAACCGCACUUUAAGCUCCAUUAAAACGGUGACGGGAGCUCAGGGCAAGGAGACCACCUGAACUCAGCAGCCCAUCACUUCCUCCUUUUAUCAUUCUAUUCUUUCCUCCUCUCUCUCUCUCGUUUCCAUUCACUCCAUCUAACUUCCCUUACCUCUCUCUAUCUAUUUCUGUCUCUCUAAAGGUCGGUGCUGAUAACCCUGCACUGCUCCUCCACACCGAACCACAGUUUUCUGUUUUCUCAGUUUUCCCUCUUUUAUUUCCCUCUUUUUGUACAAAAAAUGAAAAUUAACCAUAAAAAAAGUUUACUAGCCCCCAAAACAAAACAGAUGUACUUAUUAUACACACACAUAAAGCGAGCGGAGGCUUUAUCGCUAGUCUUUAUACUACUGAUAGUUUAACAGAAAAAGGGGCGGGGCUGUCUGGACUGAACUCAACUGAACUGUCUUCUUCUUGUUAUAAUUAUAAAUAUUAUUAUUAAUAUUAAUAUAAAAAAACAACCACAACACUCCAGCUCUACUGUUCUACUCCAGUUCUACUACUCUCCACUUCAACCCGGCAGAGGUACGAAGAACUAACAGCUUUCCUCUUCCUCUUCUUAUUUUGGACAAAAAGAAACUAAAAAAAGCUUUUCUAAUUUCCUUUGGUUGAUGAAGACUUUCAUUUGUACAAAAAAUACAACGGAAUGAGUUUGCAGUUGUGAGCUGAAGAGAUUUGUGUAGUCGUGUAAAAGGCUGUGAUAGUCUGCUUUUAGUGUACGAGUGUGUGUGUGUGUGUGUGUGUGUGUGUGAAUAUGGAUGCUUGUGCGUUUGAGUACUUUGAGAGUAUGUUGAGCGCACUAAAUGAGUUAGAUUAGUGCCGUUGACUGAGAGUGGCCAAGAAUGCUGAUUAAUGCUGAUUAAUGCUGAUUUAAUGACAAUUAAUGGUGAUUUAAUGGUGAUUAAUAACUGACGAUGGCUUGAUUCGUAGCUUGAAUCGAAAGGCCUCAGCAUACUUCGUGCGAAACGAUUUUCACAAGCGUUAGAGCUCACGUUUUUGAGCUACACACAUCCGACCAAUCACAGGCACCGUCACGUAGAGUCAUCUAAAAGAGGGGAAUAUGAUGAUAUAUGACAAUAUAUAUAAUCGUAUCACGAUCAAUUUGCGCAUUAUAUCUACACUAAACUUUGUUUAAGCAUAUCAUAUAUAUGGCGUCAUAUAUGGCCCAACUUUGUGUUUAAUUACAAAGAGCAUAAUUAGUCCAGUUUAAUUAUUGAAUAAUUUAAUUGAUUAGUUAAUUGCAGUACAUUUUUGGAUUAUAUGUUUGUAGUCUUGCCCAAGGACUCCUAUUGGUGUAGCACAGCAUUCAGUCACCCUGAUUGGGAAUUGAACCGUAGUCUUCCACAUGUUGUGAUUGCCCACUGGCAGUGGGUGGUGUUAUCCACUGUGCUACACCAACCGUGUAUCACUCUUAAUAUUGAAAAAAAAUAUAUAAUUAUAUUUUUGGUACCACGUUAAAAGCACUACUCUCCUUUAUGAGGGUUUAUGAAUAGUUUAUUAAUAGUUGUUAAACAAGUUGUGAAUAAUUGUUGAUAAUAAAAAAAAACAUUAAUAAACAGUUAAUAAACAACACAUAUAUAAAGAGGGCAGCAAUGACCUGAUUUUACUUUAAUUUAUACUGUAAAACACUGACACAAACAUCUAAAAAAAAAAGCAUUAAAUGAAUAAAAUUAAUAACAAGUAUUUAUAUUUAUGCGGACUAAUAGAAAAUACAAAAAGACUUUUUUUGUUUUGCCUUUUUUAUUUAUGUGUUGUAACUGCUUAUUAAAUGUUAAUGCAUUUACAACCUUAACUUCUUUAAAAAGCUAUAUUAUUUUAAAAUGGUACCAUAUAACAGCUCUGGAAAACAAUAAAAAAAACAUAAGAGAUCACUUAAAAAUGAGGAGUUUCUCCCUUAAGCAGCUUAAAGUUAUCCAAAAGCAGUGUGUAAGACUGGUGGAGAAAAAACUGCAUGAAAAACUGUGAUUAAAAACCAGGGUUAUUCCACCAAAUAUUGAUUUCUGAACUCUUAAAACUUUAUGAAUAUGAACUUGUUUUCUUUGCAUUAUUUGAGGUCUGAAAGCUCUAAAUGACAAUAUUUUUAUUUGGAAUUUGGGAGAAAUAUUGUCUGUAGUUUAUAGAAUAAAACAACAAUGAUCAUUUUACUCAAACAUUAACCUAUAAAUAGCAAAAUCAGAGAAACUGAUUCAUUUGUUGAACGAAACCAAUUGAACGUCGUUUCUGCAGGAAGUAUGCUGAGGUCUGAAGUGUGGGAGAUAGACAGGACACAGCAAAGUAGCACAUUUUGUACAGUGUGAACGCCUUUUCUUCUGCACACCACUAGAGGACGCCUUUCCGGGGGUAGCGGGACAUGUUGGGGGGGGUGGUGGUUUAGGUAGGGGGUGGGACAGGGGGACAGGCCUAGAAUGAACCAAAGGAUUGAAAGGUGGGGAUUGAAGCACUAGGCCUUUAUAUGUCCCUAAAUUAUUCAAUAUUUACUUAUACAGUGACUGACAUCUUCACUUUUAAGGAAAAUAAAAACAUUUUUCAACCCAAAAAUUAUACCCAUGAGGCAUGUCAUCACCGUCCAAUAAAAAAAAAACGUCUCUCCAUUUUUGUUGAUUUUUAGUUUUUUUUUUCUUUUUUCUUGCAAGUUACAACGUUUUUAAAAAUCGACAAAAAUGGAGAUACUUGUUUUUUAAUUGGAUAAUGACUAUACGUAUUAUAUGCACUAUAUUAAUUAUAUAGAAGAGCUGUCCACAAACAUAUGGGCAUAUAUCAUCGCUGUCCAAUGAAAAACAUGCAUCUCCAAAACAGCAACUUUACAGAAGAGAGAAAAAACCUUCUAAACUUUUAAUGGAAGUCAAUUUUAAAGAGUUUAUUUCAGGUCAUUUUGAAGAGUUUCUAUUGGUCCAUUCAUGAAGAAAUUUUGGUGCAGUGUAAGGGACAGUUUGUCUGUUUAAAUUAUGUAUUAAACAAAAUAUCGACAAAAAAUGGAGAUAAAUGUUAUAAUUAAUACAGUAAUAUAAUUAAUGUGGUGAUUUAAUUAAUGCAUAUACUGGUUCCACUUUACAUAAUGUAUACAUUAAUUAUCAGUACUUACAAAUGUCUUAAUUAAUAAUUAAUUGACACUAAUUAAGACUUUAUUAGUGAUUAUAUUACAAAUGAAUUACUCAAUUCAUUGUUAUUUACAACUUUCUUAAGCAUUCACAUUUAGUAAAGUUGGUACCACUUUCAUAAAUAUCUAUAAUAAAAAAUAAAGGCGUUUAUUAAUGUUAAUAACUAUGUUGUACACACUUUAUAAACCAUUAAUAAGCAGUUACAACACAUAAAAACACAGGACAGUGAACAGUGGCCUGUUUGCAAAAUAAAGAUUCCAUGUUAAUUUAAAUUGUUAAACCUUAUAUUUUUCUGGAUGAUUAUUUUACUUUGUCUUUUCCUUUAGUCAGAAUUCACAUAUCUGUCAAUAACAUAUCUGCUAUUAAAUUUAACUACCCACAUUAAUAAUCUAUCAAAUAAUCAUAACAUAUUAUUGUAUGUAUAUUAAAAUAACAUUAAAAAACUAAACUUUCUUUGACUUUAUUAUUUUAUUAGAUAUGUUAAUACUGACGAUAAGAAAAUACAAAGUAGGAUAAGUUUUAUGUGUUAUAAAUACUUAUUAAUGGUUUAUAAUGUAUUUACAACCUAAUUAUUAGCAUUAAUAAACUCAUAAACCUUGUAGACUAUUUUUUAAACCCUUUAUAAAGGAGCCUUAUUUUAAAGUGGUGCCGUAAAGUUUAAUAAUGGCAUAAUAACGUCAAUUUAUAAUUAGUUGAGAGACAUUACUACUGUUAGUACUGUAAAAACUGCUAACUGUGACUCUAUAAUGCUGUAUAAAGCAGAUAAACAUGAACUAAUCGGCACUAUACCUAAUCCUAGGAUGCCAGAGAUGGGCUGGGGGGUGUAUAGCCCCCCCUCCAGUUCUGUGUCUUUGGGAUUAUAGGUGGAGCUCCAAUAACCGAAUAGUUUUGAGGUGAGUUAGGGAGUUCUGACAUCACUAAUAUAUAUCUGUGGAUGUAUGCAAUCAAAUCUAAUCCUCAUAUCCAUGCUCAAUAAAAAAAAUAUAUAUCAUAAGAUCUCCCCUGACAGUAGAAACAAGCAAUGAAUGAAUAAUUAUGUAUAUUUACAUAUUUAUUUAUUUUACUAAAUAUAAUGGUUGAAAAAUGCUUUACCCCAUUUCCUUAAAGGCAUAAUAAUUAAUAAUAGUCAAUAAUCCACACAGAAAUGCUAAUGUCGUUAACGUCUAACAUGGAUGAAGGGACCAAUUAGCAUAUUAGCAUAGCUAUGUAGUGGCUUCAUUCACAGUUAGCAGCAUUAGCAUUUUAGCACAUAUUACUUUAACUUAAACCAGUCUGAAAACCGCUAAAUACUAAAGCAAAGCACUUAUUUAACCUGUCUGUGAGCUCAUCUCCCCGUACACUACACUACAAUCUAGUGAAAGAACACACACACACACACACAUAUAUAUAUAUAUAUAUAUAUAUAUAUAUAUAUAUAUAUAUAUAUAUAUACAUGCACUCAAACACACACACACACACCGUCUGGGAAACGGUGAGCGCAGUGCAUGGUUGUCAGAGAUGACAGGGCUGCACAAUACUAGCAAAAUAUAUUAUUAUAUAUAUAAAUAAUGAUGUGGUUUAAACUCUGGUCACUGUCCAUUUGAUCAUAUCUACUGAUCAUAUAGGAAAUGUUACAGUUCUAUAAUUUAUAUUACUAUACAUUUCAGUAAUAUAAAAUGUGUUGUGUAGCCCCAAUUACUGACAACCUUUGACUAUGUAUAUAUGCAUAUACAGCUCUGGAAUAAAACAAAUAAGAGAGAAUUUAAAAUUGAUGAGUUUCUUACCAAAUUAAAAACCUCUGGAAUAUAAUCAAGAGGAAGAUGGAUGAUCACAAGCCAACAUACCAAACUGAACUGCUUGAAUUAUUUUAGCAGGAGUAAAGCAGCAUAAAGUUAUCCAAAAGCAGUGUGUAAGACUGGUGGAGGAGAACAUGAUGCCAAAAUGCAUGAAAAAAAACUGUGAUUAAAAACCAUGGUUAUUCCACCAAAUAUUUUUAUUUGGAAUUUGGGAGAAAUGUUGUUUGUAGUUUAUAGAAUAAAACAACAAUGUUCAUUUUACUCAAACAUAAACCUAUAAAUAGCAAAAUCAGAGAAACUGAUUCAGAAACUGAAGUGAUAUCUUCAUUUUUUCCAGAGCUGUAUAUCUAUAUAUAUAUAUAUGUGUGUGUGUGUGUGUGUGUAAAUGAAUGAAUGAAUGAAUAUACGAGUGAAUAAAUGAAUAAAUAUUGACUGUGUGAUUGUGUGUGUGUGUGUGUGUGUGAGUUAAAAGAGGACGCUGUGUGUAAAGAACACUCUGUAGGUUUUGCACCUUACAGAAUAUUUAUAAUGGGAUAAACGGCUUGCUGGAGUUUUUUGUUGAUGUCAGAGGAAGACCCUCGUCUCCUGAGAAGAAGAAAAAAAAUAAUGGGGUCAUUCCAAGAGGCACUGGCUUGUACAUAAGAAGCAUAUAAUUUUGUUUUUUUCAUGUUUAUUUUGUUAUUUCCUCUUCAUGGUAACUGUACUAAUGUUGCCUAAUAGUACUGUGUUCCAGAAAAUGACCUUUUUGUUCUUUUUGGUUGCUUUAAAAAGAAAUUUUGUCAUAAAUGUCAAACUGCUGUUUCAUGUAUUACAUGCCAAAAUGUACUCUCAUCCAACAUUACGUACGUACGGACAUGGUAAUAGUGUAGGUUGCAUUGUGUAUACUUCCGUAAAUUUCAAUAUAAAGCUACAAACACAAAUACAAA